UAUAUAUCGUCGGAAUUGAUAUGUUCCUCAUACUUCUGCAUAUUGUUCGUGUAAUAACAUAUCGUAAUUUAUUGUGAUCUUCACCACAUUAAAGGGCAAAGUUUGCUGUAAUCUACGCGACGAUGUCCAAUUUCAAGAGAAACUUCCACCUCCUCUUCGAGCGACCCCACCAGCCCGUCUUCAUCGCCAAGGGCCCCAAGAAAACUGCUUUCAAAGUGUGCGAAGAAUACCUCAAAGUCAACCCACGUUACAAGUGUUUAGGAGUCAGUCACUGCAACAGCUUUGACAAAAACGCCGAAGAGCUCGUCGAAGUCAAAAGGACGCCCAUUCCUUCGUUUGAUGAAAUUCUCGAACUUAAGCGUGAUGAAAACUUUUCGCUGUUCAUUCCCAAGCAUCGCAGGCUCGCUGGCAAACUCAUUGACAUCUUCUGGAAUAUGCCCGACUUAGACCACCUCUUGUUCACAGCAAUGUGCGCCCGGGACUGCUUGAAUCCCUACCUGUUCCACUACGCGCUGACGGUGGCCAUGCUGCACCGACCGGACACCAAGGAUAUGGCGGUGCCGACAUUCGUGGAAUUCUUCCCAGACAAGUUCGUGGACGCCAAGGCACUGGCUGAGCUGAAGGAUCAGGCGAUCUUGAUAUCUGAGAACUCAAGAAAGCCCAUCGAGGUGACCGAGGAGGUGUCCGACAAAGAGGUGGAGCACCGGCUGAUGUAUUUCAGGGAAGAUAUGGGAGUCAACCUGCAUCACUGGCACUGGCACUUGGUGUAUCCGCAUGGCACCAGCGACUUGGAGGACAAAACUGAAGCCCAAGUGGAGGCCACUAAGAAAAUCGUUGAUAAGGAUCGUAGAGGGGAGCUGUUCUACUAUAUGCACCAGCAGGUCAUCGCGAGAUACAACUAUGAAAGAUUGUGCAACGACUUGAAGAAGACCAAGAAGUUGGAUUGGACGAAGGAAAUAGAGGAAGCUUAUUUCCCGAAGCUGGGGACCUUGAAGACGGGCAUGUCGUACGCGGCACGGGUUGCCAACCAAAAAUUCCAGGAUUUGGACAGAGAAGAGGACAAGCGCUACGUUGACGAGUUGAAGAAGUGGAGCGACCAGAUUUACGCCGCCAUUCACCACGGGAGCGUAAUCGACGAACGCGGAUGCCUUAUCAGCCUCACUGAAAGCAAAGGUAUCGACAUUUUGGGUAACAUAAUCGAGUCCAGCGCUUUGUCGCAUAACCGCACCCUCUAUGGGGAUCUCCACAACACAGGUCACGACUUCAUCGGGAACAUCCACGACCCGGAUAAUCGUCACCUUAAAUCUUUAGGUGUCAUGGGUGAUUCGGCGAUGGCUAUGCGGGAUCCAGUUUUCUAUAGAUGGCACACAUAUAUCGACGACAUGUUCCAAGAAUAUAAAGCCACUCUGCCGCGUUACAGCGAAAGCCAGCUCAACUAUCCUGGUAUCACCGUGAGCGCGAUCGAAGUGCAGUCGCACCAAAGUCCUAACAACACUUUCAGCACGUUUUGGCAAAAAACAGAUCUGGAUUUGUCUAAAGGAUUGGACUUCGACACCAAAGGACCCAUCUACUGGAGAUUCAAGCACUUGCAGCACCAGCCCUUCACUUACAAGAUCACCGUCAACAACCACUCCAACUCUAACAAAAAAGGCACCUGCAGAAUCUUCUUGGCGCCAAAGUAUGACGAAACGGGAAAGCCGUGGUCGUUCAGGGAUCAGAAGAUCAUGUUUAUCGAGUUAGAUAAAUUUACGAUUGACUUGGAGAGAGGCCAGAAAAUCUACAGCCGCGAGGACCAUGAGUCCACAGUGACCAUUUCUUUCGAAAAAACGUUCCGUAAAUUCCAAGAAGAAGAGUCCUCAGCUGAGUUCAACUUCUGUGGUUGUGGAUGGCCCCACCACAUGUUGAUCCCUAAGGGGACUCCGGAAGGUUUCGCCUCCCAGCUCUUCGUGAUGAUCUCCAAUUAUGAAGACGACAAGGUCGCAGAAGAACUCGGAGAAACGUGCAACGACGCUGGAAGUUAUUGUGGUAUCAAGAACAAGAUGUACCCAGAUCGCCGUGCCAUGGGUUACCCGUUCGACAGGUUGCCUAGAAACGGAGUAGAUACUCUCCAGGAGUUCUUAACUCCCAACAUGAGGGUCCAAGAUGUUACAAUUAAAUUCAGUGACAGGAUCGAUAUACAUGGCCCAGUUAAUUAAAAAGAUUCCGAAAAUUUGUAGCUGAAAAUGUUUUGAAUGGACUUAGAGGCAAUACAAUUUAGAAGCAUGA